AAAUGAAAUCUUAAAAAAAUCAAAGCUAUCCAAAAAUAACACACCUGUUGCAAAAAAUACUAAAAAGCCGGCGAGAUAUUCAACAGGUGGAAUAAGAAUACACACAUAUAAGAGCAGGUGUACAGUUGUAGUUGUUUAAUCGCAACCAUGGAAACGGAGAAAUCGUAAACAAAAGCCGGAAAAUUGUGGAUCGCAUAAUGUUCGCUCCCGCAAGAUAGAAACAACUCAAAAUAAUGUCCUUUGAGAAGAUUCUCUACAAAUAUGAGGAACCGCACGGUAUUGGAGAUGUCUACUUCAUAUGGCAGAAGGCUUUAUUGGCCACGACUGGAACGGAUGGCUCGGUGGCCUUGUACAAUCGCCAGGGGCAGCUGGUGCAGCGCAUCAUACUCUCAGGCCUCUGUUCGGGAUUUGCCUGGGACCAAGAGGGUGAUUUGCUGGGCAUCAUCACAAGUGGUUCCCCGAAUAUAACGCUUUGGGACUAUAAUAGCCAGGAGAAGAUCAGCGUGGAGACGGGCCUGCGGGAUCCGUUGACCUGCAUCCUUUGGUCCAAGCAGCAGCAAUUACUUGCUGUAGGCACUGGGCGCGGUAACCUGGCUAUCUACAAUCACGGCAGCGGAAAACGACCUACUCCUGUGCUCGGCAAGCACAGCAAGAGAAUCACCUGCGGCGCCUGGUCGGCCCAGAAUCUGCUGGCCCUCGGUUCGGAGGACAAAAGCUUCUCGUUGAGCAACGAGGAUGGAGACACGGUGCGUGUGGUCCAGCUGCGAGACGCACCCACCGACAUGUACUUUGCCGAAAUGGCCAACGAUGAACGGAUUGCCGGGGACAAUGCCAUCAGCAUGAUCAUCGGCAAGCGUACCCUGUUCCUCUACUAUCUGCCCGAGCCGGAAAAUCCAACGGAGCUUGGGUUCCAAAGUCGAUACGGCUCGCUGAUGCAGCAUAAAUGGUUCGGCGAUGGAUACAUUCUGUUGGGUUUCUCCAAUGGUCAUGUGGUGGCUAUUUCAACGCAUCCCAAGGACGUUGGCCAGGAGUUGUGGCAGGUAAAGAACCACAAGGACACCCUGACAGGAUUGGCCUAUUGUCCAACCCUUGACAUUGUUGCCUCCUGCGGUGAUGACAGCAUUAAGAUUCACUCAAUUACGAAUCUUCAGGAGACAGAACGAAUCAUCACCGUGCCUGACCAUGCCGGGGUUCAGAUGAUUGACUGGUCUCCCGAUGGGCAACUUCUGGCGGUGACUACGAACCAUGGCACAGUUUACAUAUAUGUGACAAAGCUACCGAACCUUUUCGCCGUGUCAGCUCCAAGGAUUGUGUUGCUGAGCAGUCUGGCUGAGGUGUCCAUCUACGUGUACGCACCGGACAAGUCAAAAUCGCUGCCAUUUCGCUUGCCACUGGAGGGAGAGCCCACCUUUAUGGCCGUGGGCCCUUAUAACUUUGCCGCAGGAAUCGAUAAGCACGUGUGGUUUUAUGAUCUCGGAAAAAGCCUGGGCGAAGAACCGCGUCCUUUGAGCGAGAGGGACUUUCCACGAAGCGUAGAGAGCAUGAGGCUAAAUGCCGACUACUGUGCAGCCCUCUGCCCGCCACAGCUCAUCCUUCAGGCCAUAACCGCCGACAAUCCUAACUGCAAGGAUAAACUACAGGCCGUUUUUCCUACCGCGCUACCCAACAUGCCUAGCGAUGCGGUGAUUACGUGUUUCGCCCUGAGUCAGGAGCUGCUGAUAUUUGCAACUGAUAUCGGCCACCUGGUGUUCUACUCCCUGGAGAAGUGGGACAGCUGUACGAUCUACCGGCAUAGCAUGGGCAUCAGGCAGCUGUUUAUGGACAUCGAAGGCACCAAAGUCAUAUUUAUAGAUGAGCACUCUCAGGGUUAUGUCUUUUUACCCGUUGUAGAGGAGGCUUUGCUCAUUCCAGAUAUUCCCAAGCAGUGCCUUGGUUGCUUGUGGGACCUCACGCAGCCAAACAUAUUUAUUAGCUACGACGGAAGAAUCGUGAAUACGCACACUUUUGUGCGCCACUCUGUGCAGGGGACACACACCUUGAAAGUGGGAGAAACCAAGCUCAAUCCCGGACAGUUUCCUCUGCUAUUGUGUGGCGGGGAAAUGGCCCUGCACAUAGAUGGUGGCCAGUAUGCCACGCAGUCGCUCAGCACCCAUGUCGUAAAUCCCAGCAACAGUCAGACGGCGAAUCUUCAGGUGCUUCUGCGGCUGAGGAACUACGAUGAAGCCUACAAACUGUGCAAGCAAAUGAAUCUUAGUAGUGCCUGGCGAGAAUUCGGGGAGCAGGCCAUUGCUGAUUUGGAACCUGAUAUAGCCAUUCGAACCUAUCGCCAGUUGGGUGAAGCUGCCAUGGUAAAUGCCUUGGGAGAACUGCGCUACAUCGAGGAUUUAGACAUGCUUAUUGGCUGCUGUUGCACGCUUUUGGGCCAGUACGAUCUGGCCAAGGAGCACAUGCUGAAGGGAGUUUAUACUAGAGCAGCCUUGGAACUCUGCCGAGAUCUUCUGCAAUGGGAUCAGGCGUUGCUCUUGGCCCACAAAAAUGAUCCCCAGGAAGUCCCCUUUAUAGCUAGGGAGUACGCCCAGCAAUUGGAGUUCACAGGGAACUAUGCAGAUGCUCUUUAUCAUUACGAGAAGGGCUACAAGGAGGAUUUGAUCAACAGCAAGGAGUCUGAUACUACUGCUCUAAUAGAGAGUUCUCCCGAGUUUGAGGAGCAUGUGCGACUUUGCAAAAUGGGCAUUGCUAGGACAUCUAUAAGAGCGGGCGACUUCAGACGAGGGAUUCAAUAUGCCGUAGAGUUGGAAGAUCGGCAGCUUCUUUUUGACUGCGCCGAGCUUUUGGCCACAGUUGGACAUCUUACAGAGGCAGCUGGGUUGUACGAGCGUGGUGGUUUCUAUGACGAGGCUUGUGGCCACUACAUCGCUUUAAAAAUGUGGAACAAGGCUAAUAAUGUCUUACCCAAAGUUAAAAGCACUAAACUUCAUGCGGCCUAUGCAAAGGCGAAGGAGAACGACGGUCACUUCGAGGAGGCAAUAAGGAGCUAUCGCAUUGCAGGCGACUUGGAUGCCUGUGUUAGGAUUUAUCUAGACCACCUGUGCGAUCCCCAUGCAGCCUCUGAAAUCGUUUUGGAGUCCCGGUCAAUGGAUGCGGCCAAACUAUUGGCCAAGUUCUAUCAGAAGAUUGGCGACGUAGAGCAGGCGCUUCAGUUUCUCGUCAUCUGUGGCUGCGUCGAGGAGGCCUUCGCCCUUGCCCAGCGACACAACAAGUUGAGGCGUCAUGGAGAGCUUCUGGAGCGAUAUGAGAACGCAAAAUCCUCUGACUAUCUUGCCUUGGCUCAUUACUUCGAAGGCGAAAAGUAUACACUCCUGGCAGGCAAAUACUACUUUUUGGCCAGGGAAUUUACCAAGGCGUUGAGGUUUUUGCUCAAAGCCUCGGCAUUCAACAACGAGGAACAGGUCUCCUUGUCCCUGGCAAUUGACUGUGUGGCCACAUCUAACAACGAACAGCUGGCCUCCCAGCUUAUUGAGUUUCUGUUGGGCGAAGUCGACGGAGUGCCCAAGGAUCCACGUUAUUUAUUUCGUUUGUAUAUGGCAAGGAAGCACUACAAGGAUGCGGCCAAGACGGCGGUUAUUAUCGCCAACCAGGAACAGCUUGCUGGAAACUACAAGUCGGCAAGAGAUUUACUGUACUCCAUGUACCAGGAAUUGCGACGAAAUAAUCUAUCAGUAACGGCUGAGAUGAGACAUCAGUUUAUUUUACUACAUCGCUAUACAUUGGUGCGAAUUCACGUAAAAUUGGGUAAUCAUUUACUGGCAGCAAAGCUUUUGGUUCAAGUGGCAGCCUGUAUAUCACAGUUUCCAGAGCAUAUAAUUCCAAUUUUAACCUCUACGGUUAUUGAGUGUCAUCGGGCUGGGCUCAAGAAGUCAGCGUUUACCUAUGCCUCCACACUGAUGCGUCCGGAUUACAGGAACCAACUUGACUCACGGUAUGCAAAGAAGAUCGAGUCCAUUGUACGCAAGGCUCCCAAAGGAAUCAAGCAGUUGCGGGACGAGAUCGACGACGAAACCAUGGAGUGUCCCAUCUGCGACUCGAACCUGGCCAACAUGGAGGUGACCUGCUACAGCUGCAAAACCACAUUGCCCAUCUGCAUCGCCACUGGGCAGCACAUCAUCAAGCAGCUCAUGACUUCCUGCCCGCAAUGCGAUUUUCUUUGCUUCCGCGCUGAGAUGGAAAACAUUUUGUCAGAGAAUGGAGAGUGCCCUAUGUGUGGCGAGCAAGUGGCGCCGGAGCAGCUCCUAGAUGUUGAGGACAUUCGUCCUUACAUUCUGGCUGCCUCUUAAGAUCAAUUCAUGAAAUGACUGAAGACAACGAAUAGACUGCACAUCACAUCACAACACCAAAAAAUAUUUACUUAUAAACUGCAAAGCACAAAAUACACUUGAUAUAUCACAA